AUGUCCGUUACGAACGAUCUGUAUAGCUGGACCAAUAAUAAUCCACCUCCGGCUACGUUAAUUCUUAUAUCCGAUGCUGAAGGGCCCUUUGUUGAUAGUGGGAUCCUCCCCGGGUUAAUCGAAGACGGAUACACGAUUGGUCGUGCAUUUAAAAAACAUCCGGCAAAAUCACCUGAAUACGCUUCUCAAUCGACCCUUUGGGAUUAUUUAUUAUCAGUCACUGCUCAAAAUGGUAAGGGGAAUGUUAAGGGGAAUGUUAAGGAGAAGCGCAAAACUGCUUGGGUUUGCAACAUAUGCAUAGAUUCUGGUUACCCUUUUGCUGGAGAAAGUUUUGAGAGUUGGAAGAAGCAUUCCAAGACUCCACAGCAUAGAUAUCAAGAGUGGACGCAUGACGAACCUACCAUGGAGGGGCAAUCAGAGGCAAGUGUUGAAGCAACUAUCUCCAACGAAGACGGGGUGUGGUGGGAUCUCGAUACCCUUCUUCUUCCCGAACAGAUUAAGCCUUAUCAGGCCCGUCAGAGUAUAGAAUCGACGUUUCCAGAGCACUCUCCUUUCAUCAUCUCUGCCAUUGGCAACCUAAACAACAUCUCUGAUGACGUCUUGGAACCGAUCUUAUCCGCUGGUCCGGAGGACAUGACGGAUGAUAUUGGGAACUGGGUAUGGAAUACUCCACCUCCGGCUACGUUAAUUCUUAUAUCCGAUCAUGAAGAGGCCUUUGUUAAAGAUGGGUUCCUCCCCGGAUUAAAAGACAAGGGGUACACGAUUAUUCGUGCAUAUUUAAGAUUUCCGGAUUUUAAUCCCGCAUACGCUUCUAUAGUCAUGUCCUGGGGAUUCGUAUUGUCAGAGAAACCAGCACCGAUAGUGCUUAGCACUAGCCCAAGACCGUAA